AUGGGCAAGGAUAAGACGAAGAAUAAGUCCUCCAAACACAUCAAGUGCGACGUGCAGUUUGACGACAAUCCGCAAGGAAUUUUCCGAGCGGGGGACACCGUUAGCGGAACUAUAGAAAUACAAUUGGAGAAGCCGAAGAAAUUUCGAGGGAUUGCACUACGAAUAAAUGGGUUUGCUUCGACAUCCUGGAACGCGAAGGUCAAAGACACCAACGACAAGGACAAGACGAAAAACAAGAAGACAAACUUUAAUGGGCGCGAAGAUUACUUCGGGAGUAUAACGUACUUCGUGGGAUCGGACGUCGGGAACCCGCUGGAGGUUCCGGCCGGCGUUCACCGGUACCCGUUUUCGUGUGUCAUUCCUCAAACCGCACCCUCGUCGAAGGAGGGCAAGUAUGGGCACAUCCGCUAUGUAGUGAAAGUGUCACUCGAACGACCCUGGAAGUACGAUCACGUGUUCCAGGCGCCGUUCCUGGUGAAAAGCCACGCGGAUUUGAGUGUCGCCCAGGAUCGAAUGCUGCUGCCCACCAAGGCGGAAAUCGUGCAGUCAUUCUACUUCGGAUUGACUGAUCCACUGAUCGUGACGGCGUCGACCCCUCGCACCGGGUAUGCCCCAGGUGAAGUGAUCGAGGUGGCUAUCCACGUGAACAACCAAAGUAGCGUCGAUGUGCGAGGGAUCACGAUCAAGUUCCAGCGCAUCGACACCUUCAUCAGUCAGGUUCCGGUCGUACAGCAACACCUCGAGCACACGGUGAUGGAGGAGCGAACCAUCGGCAGGGUGGCCCGACGCAGCGACGCCGUCUUCGAGGAGAACAUCCUGAUCGGAUCCACCGUUCCCUCCGACGACGAGCGAUGCAAAAUUAUCCAAACCCGCUACGAGGUGGAACUCCUCGUACGUCCGGUGCGAUCGAGGAAGAAGAUGAUACUCACCCUACCGCUCGUGAUCGGUUCCGUGGGGCUUCCGAGCACCCUUUACCCUAUGCAGAUGUUGGCCAAAGAGCGGGCGGCCCUAGGGAUGGAUGAGCCGACUGGAGUCGAAGGAACGCUUCCUCCGGAUUCACCACCUCCUUAUCCAGACGACAGUCAGCCAUCGACUUCGAGGGCUUUUCAGGCAGAAAACUCAACCGCCACGGCUCCCUUACCCGAGGAUGCCAAAGAGCACGAGUUCGAAAAGGGCUCGGAACCGUACACUCCACGAGAUUUCGAUGAAAACGAAUGA